AUGGCUGAAGAUACUACAGAAUCAUAUGCAACUAUAUUACAGGGUGAGAACAAGAGAAUUGUGGUUUAUUCCCACAUUUCUAUGCCUUCCCCUGGCACAGCAAAUGCAUCUUGGUUUGACAGCAGAGAUGCUAUCCUGUUUAUUGAAAGCUUUUAUCAGAUGUGCAAGGAUCAUGGGGUAAUUGAUCCUAAAAACAUUAUUGAAUGGUUGGCUAGUACAGUACAAGCCAAUGGAAGACUUGAUGAAUUCACUAAGAUGUCUUGGUUUCUUCAGGAGCUAUCUGAGAAGCUUCAGAAUAAGAUUAUUGACAAGGCCAAGCUCAAUCUUUCAGAUGAUAUAUUGCCUAUUGAUUUUAGAAAAGUUAUUCAGAUGACUAUAAAUUUGAUUAACCAGUAUGAAGAAAAUAAGAAGAUUUUUAAAGAAGAUAAAAUGAGACAAAAGAAAAUGGAGAAGCUUGAUGAGCAAUAUUAA